AUGUCAUGCGCUCGAGGUGGUCUCCCGUUUGGCCUCGUGCGACCCGGUCGUACGAGAUUUUUUUCCUUGUCUGUUCGGAACAUCGUUGUCCUCCAAGGUUACAUCAAGUAUUUCGAGAUGCACAAUAAUGUCAGACCGAGCUCAUACACUGGAAGCUCCCCGAUAUUAGAAGGUUGGAUUGCUGCAACAAAAAAGAUAAAAAUUUCAAGCAUUGGUUCUGGUAGUAACUGGGAGGAGGACUGCACUAUCAGAUGCUGUGAUGAUGUCCCAGUGGAUAACCCUGUGUAUGCCCAAAUGUUACCUAAUCCGCAGGAGGGUGAUGAUACCAAGCCAAACCUGAAGAAAAUUUGUGUAGGCUAUCCUGCUCUUAGCUUGCAUGAUGGUGAUGUUGUUUACCUCAUGCACACACUUGAUCCCCGUCAGGUUAAGGCCUGUGUGAUUGCUCUUGAUAUGAGGAACAAGACUGUAAAAGGUGUGGCUAAUUUUGGCUCUGGAAGACGCCUGGGUUAUCAUUUCACCUACCUUGAGAGUGGGAUCUCCAAGCAUCUGGGCAUUCUCUCACCGACCAGGAUGGUGAACAUUGUGUCUGCAUUUAUCUUGUUAGCAUUUACGUUUCCGUCCAAAAAUUCAGCACUUGCUGCUCCCUGUUACCACAUUUAA